AUGGUCUCCAGUUCUAGUAGAGUGCCCUGUGUUACAGAUUGCAUUGACCUUCUACUGACCCUGUGCCAAAACGCACUAUACUCAAGUAGGGUAGCUAUGAAUCUGUAUUCUGCAUCAAAUGUUCGGAGAAAAAGUGAUUUUCGGUGGAUUGGAUGUUUUAAUGUCUCAUGGAGCUGGGCUUCUCGGAUCAUUUCCAUAUACUUGUUCUGCCUCAAUUUUGUUGCAGAUGCUCACCCUGAUCCAUCUUUUUCACUUGCUUAUGCAUGUGAAGAUGUUCAAAAUUAUUUUGCUGGUGUGCAGCAUUUGAGAGGUGAAGCACUGAAGGAAAAAUUAUAUUCCAUAAUUGCUAAGCAUCAAUCCAUCUCCUACAGAGAGGUGUGGGAUGCAAUCAAGAUUCUUGACGCUGCUGAUGUAGAUGAACCGGAAGCUUCACCAGCAGUUGUUGAAAUUUACUCUUUGAGAGUUGUCCCAAAGCUCUUAGCAGGAAAACCAGAAGGAUGGAACAUGUAUUUAACAAAGGUUUCAAUGGGUACUAUCUUCUGGUUUGUAUCUGAUGUCCGGCUCAGGGCCCUUGCUUACAUACUCCUAGUCACUCAUAAGCCGUUAAAGCCAACACCCUUAACUCUGAAAAUAAUGCUGAGUUCUGAAAAGAUCCUGCAUCAGAAGAUUUGGUAUCAUUUAAAUUCAGGUGCAUCUUUUUUGUUAUGUAGAAUAACUAGUUUUGUGAUUAUGUUGUCAGUUUACAGCUCACUAAUAUGGUUAUUGCCUUGGGAACAUUUAUGGCCUCGCUCUUAUGGGUUGAAUAAUGGCUCGUCUGUAACUGAUCUACAUAAUAUUCGUCCAGCAGAUGUGAAUGUGAAUUCAUCAAGGGGUAACAAGUACUAUGGAGAGUGUGAUGUUAAAUCAACUACAUGUCUGAAGCCAGCAAACAAAGAAGCUUCUUCUGGCACAGAAACUGACAAGAAGAGAUGGGCACCACCUGUGGAGGUUUUUUCUUUUCUAUCUUUGUCAUUUUUCAUUGCUUAUGUCCUUUGA